AUGAAGGAAAUCUUGGUGGAAUGUCACACGGUGGAUGCCGCUCAGCGAGCACCUCUGGAAGAGUUACCCCCGAACAAAAAGCGCAAGAUGAGCACGGUGGUUGCCGCAGACGCGACGCUCACGCCUCCUCAUUCGACACUCAGAAAAGUCUCCACGCCUGCAAACAAAGACCAGUCUGUGCGGCCGCUAUCACCAGAGCUUUCGUCGCCCAUACGGCCGCACAGGGCGCGUAAAUCCAAGUCCGAAACCGGGAUGAUCACGACGCGUUCGUCCAACUCGCAGACCAUCGAAGAGCUCAUCGAGGCGUUCUCAGACAAAGAGCGCCUUUGCAGCCUCCAGGACCCUCAGAAGAAGCCGCCUUUCUCCUACGCCAUGCUCAUCGGACUGGCGAUUUUGCAAUCGCCCGAGGCGCGACUCACGCUCUCGCAGAUCUACCACUGGAUCACUACCCAUUUCCCAUACUACAAGCCGCGGGACGCCGGGUGGCAGAACAGUAUCAGACACAAUUUGUCUCUCAACGAUGCGUUCAUAAAAGCCGACAAAUCCAUCGACGGAAAGGGGCAUUUUUGGCAGGUGAAGGCAGGCUGUGAAAACAAGUUCUUCAAGGGCGAUCACUCGGGGGAUGAAAUAAAGAAGAAACUGCGCGCCCUGUGUGCCACGGUCGAGCCCGUAGAGGCAAGUGCGUUCCAGGUGCAAACUUCAACGCACCAGGCAAUCCCCAGCAAGAGCAAACCACAGGAGAGCAGAGAAUCGCAUCCAAAGGCCGAAGAGCCCGUUCACGCCUCGAAAAGUAAAUCCUAUGACAAUUACGAGGAUUUCCGUCGCAAGUACUGGAAUCCCGACACGUCAGAUAUAUCGUUCGACUCUGACGACGACGCAGACUUGGAACAUAAGAGAUACGCUUGCAAUCAAGAUGCGGAGUUGGCAUCGUCGCCUCAUGCGGCCCAGAGGUCGCCUACUCCCUUCGGUUUGGGUAACUCCGUGGACAAGUCUGCAGAUCAAGAUGCGUUCGUCGACGAUGUAAAUGAAAAUCCCGUUGCUGCAGAUCAAUAUGACUAUCAAACUCAAAUGAGCACCAAUAAUCCCCCGCACUUUAAGAAAUCACACUCCGCUAUAGACGUACAGAGGAAUAAUAUCUACGAUUCCCAGGACGAGUUUUGGAGGGGUUCCCUUGGUAUGACUAGCUCACCGAAAGAUUUUAAAAAAUACACUUGCUCAUUCAACACAAACUUCGAACUAUCUCCUAUCCCUAAAACAAUAAACUCGGGGCCUCUGUUGGAGCCCUUGUGCUCACCUAAUAGAAAUAUGGAUGGCGUGGCAAACCCAGCAUCUGAUUUACUAAAGACUCCAAAGAUCAAACAGUUUGGCGCUUUUGCCGAGAAUUCGCCGCUUCCACUUACGGAAACCCCUCGCGAUCCCGCCUCUCUUCGCAAGUGGCGUACUCCAAAUAUCAUUCUUGAAGACUUUUGUCGUUCUCCUGCCCUUAUUCGUCCCUCGGGUACCCCGAUUCUCUCCAUUGAUGAUUGCAUGAUUGACGAAUUAACAAACACCAAAGUCGAUCCGAAACAAGCCCGCAAGCUCGGUGUUCCAUCAACACCCGGCAGUCUUGCUCGGGCGCAGAAAUUCUUUGAGAACAUAAGGUUUUCAUCAAGCGGAUUGUUUGGUGUGGACGUUUGUUCUGUUUUGAAGAGGGCUGUCGAGAACUGCGAUAGUGCUGCGCAUUCGUCGUCGAAAGAGGAUAGAAAACUCGGAGUGCCCUUUCAGGGGUUUAAUGAUAAGCUUUCGUCUACGAAGGACGUAAAAUAA